UUCUCUCCCGUUUGCGAGAUUAGUUCCCGGCCGCGUUCUUUGCUUUGAUCCCGACUUACGAGCGAACACCGAAACUUUUGUGUUUGACUUCGUCGAAAUUUAAUAUAACUUCACCGGGUAAACUCGACAAGUGAGAUAAGGAAAGUAAUGGUCUUUAACAUAUUAAAAUUAAUUACGUUAGAGGAUGUUCUUUAGUGGGAUGCUGUUCGGUGAGCUUAGCCAGGAUGACGAACUUUUGUGGAUCUAAAGCUUGAAUGAAGACUUUAUAAUGAUUAUUUCGUUUUAAAUUUCAAAGAGACUUCACCGCGAAUGAAAUAGAGGAUUCUAGUGGAUUAUUCAACACGAUGAGGAGCAAGGAUUUCGUGUGGACAGGAAAAAGAAGUAGCAGGUGGCAACACUGGAUACUGCGUUGAAACAAAAUGGCUGCAGGUGCGCAGGCGAUGGGUGGUGGACCACUCGCGCGCCUUUUAAUCUUGGCAAUCCUACAUGUUAACUUUGUAGCCUUAGGUCUAGAACCGGAUUUUCUUUAUCCUUUGGAGAACGUGACGAUCGCACAGGGGAGGGAUGCGAUGUUCACAUGCGUGGUCAAUAACCUGGGUGGUUACAGGGUGAGUGGCGACUCCGCCACGGCCAGGGUAGCGUGGAUCAAGGCGGACACGAAAGCUAUACUGGCAAUUCAUGAGCACGUCAUCACGAACAAUGCGAGGCUGAGCGUCACACACAACGAUUACAACACGUGGACGCUCAAUAUCAGGGGCGUGAAGCGUGAGGACAGGGGACAAUACAUGUGCCAAGUCAACACUGACCCUAUGAAAAUGCAGACUGCAUUUUUAGAAGUGGUCAUACCACCGGAUAUUGUUUAUGAAGAGACUUCGGGCGAUAUGAUGGUACCCGAAGGGGGUUCAGCUAAACUAGUCUGCAAAGCUCGAGGCUAUCCGCCACCCAAGAUCGUCUGGCGUAGAGAGGAUGGUGGGGAUAUUAUAUCUCGAGGCGGACCGCAAGGAAAAACCAAAGUGACAUCACUGGAAGGUGAGAUAGUGAAUCUAACAAAAGUGACCAGAUCAGAGAUGGGUGCGUAUUUAUGCAUUGCAGCCAACGGAGUACCUCCUUCUGUCAGCAAAAGAAUCAUGCUUCACGUUCAUUUUCACCCUCUGGUACAAGUGCCAAAUCAGCUUGUGGGAGCGCCGACCGGCACUGACGUCACGCUACAGUGUCAUGUCGAAGCAUCGCCCAAAGCCAUCAACUACUGGACCAGAGAGAAUGGUGAGAUGAUCAUUUCAAAUGAAAAAUAUCACAUGAGCGAAAUCAAUCGUUCCGCAUACAGCGUGCAAAUGAAACUCGUCAUCCGCAACAUCCAACGCAGUGAUCUUGGGGGAUACAAAUGUAUCUCGAAGAACUCCAUAGGUGAUGCAGAAGGAAAUAUAAGGUUAUAUGAAAUGGAACUUCCCAACCGCAAGUCAGGUGAUGAAGAUGACCGCGAUAUCUCGUCUGAGGAGUCCAAUGAUGUACGGUCCGGUCUCCAGGGCCCGCUUCGGGAAGGAGGACCCCGGGCUGAGGAUGCCGGCUUCCUGGGAGGGGGUGGGCCGCUCGCAGGCUCCGCGCCUCACACCGCCCCACACGCAAUCUUUUUAAUAUCGGCCUUUGCCCUUGCUGCGUGCUAAACUUUCCUCAAAAGCCAUGUGCAAAGUUAGGGCUUCCUCAACUUAAAGACAAUAUAAUAUCGCGCAGGCAAAGAUUUAUUCUCGACUUAAGAAAUCGUUUUUCACGAUAUUCUUUCGACGGAGAAAAGUCACGAACUCGCUUGAGUUUUUAUUCGACCUUAAAAUUGUGCAUGGCUUUCAUUGAGACCAGAACAAUGCAGUGUUUAAUGUAGGGACUAUGCGAUUUUCACGGAACGGAGUAAUAUUCGUAAGUGGUUGUAAAUGUACUUUUAAAUAUGAAAAUAUACUAUAGGAAUUAGUUUCAUCAAGUGUCAGCUUAACAGGCAGUGUUUGCUUCAUAUAUUGAUUACCCCAAGGAAAAGAGAGCACAGAUAACACUAGGUUUCCACUAAGUUUGGGCGUCCAUGGUACUGUUUUUAGUUUGCUACGUUCUUUUGAUUAAAAUAAUAUUGUAUGGUAUUGUAAAUGGAAAAAGAAUAGGAUUUGCCCAAGACUAAAGCGAAAUUUAUUUAUGAGUAUAAAAAAUAAACGUAACAUAGAAGCUAUUGAAGUGUAUGUCUGUUAAAUAAGUAGUCUGUUUGACAAAAAAAAUGAAUGUUUUUUUCAUUUUGGUUCAUUUUUUUGUUAUUAUUGUGAUUUCGCUUAAAGCUUCGUUAUCAUAACUAAGUGUAAAUUAUUAAAAAAAAAAGGUUAUAGGGAUAAAUUGUUAAAGUUUUGAAUAAUGUUAAAUUUUAUGAAAUCAUUUUGUAAUCAAUAUUGUACGGAUGAGCGAGACAGAUGUGUAGGUAUGUUUAAUAAAAAUGUAAAAAUAUAAUCAAGUAAAUGUCGUCGUUUUUUUUUGUGUUGUAAAGAGCUCGUAUUGUAAACAGUCUCUUAUUGGAACGCUCUUAAGACAUGUAUGAAAUGCCUGCAUAACGAAUAU